UCACUGUAUUCUCUCUGUCUAUAAAUAACAGGGCUCACUCUGCUUCUCAGCAGCCGCUGGAACUGGACUGAAGCCGCUGGACUUCAGCAUGACUGUGUCUCAGAUGUUGAACUCUGUGGCCGUUUUGUUUUUCUGCGUCUGCAGAGUCAGCUCCCUGGAUACCUUUAUUGCAGCUGUUUAUGAGCACGCAGUCAUACUGCCUGAUGCCUCCCCCGUGCCCGUGUCUCCUGAAGAGGCCUUGGCAGUAAUGAACCGGAAUUUGGAUCUUCUGGAGGGAGCCGUGACGUCAGCAUCAAAGCAGGGUGCGCAUAUCAUUGUGACCCCAGAAGAUGGCAUUUAUGGUUUCAACUUCACCAGGGAAUCUAUCUACCCAUACUUGGAGGAUAUCCCAGACCCUCAAGUGAACUGGAUCCCUUGUAAUAAUCCUGACAGAUUUGGCCAUACCCCAGUGCAAGAGAGACUCAGCUGUCUGGCCAAGGACAACUCCAUCUACAUUGUGGCAAAUAUCGGGGACAAGAAGUCAUGCAACGCCAGUGACCCUCAGUGUCCCCCUGACGGUCGUUACCAAUACAAUACUGAUGUGGUGUUUGAUUCUAAGGGAAAACUGGUGGCACGCUACCAUAAGCAAAACCUUUUCUUGAAUGAAGAUCAAUUCAAUGCACCCAAGGAACCCGAGGUCGUGACUUUCAACACCACCUUUGGAAAGUUUGGCAUUUUCACGUGCUUUGAUAUUCUCUUCCAUGAUCCUGCUGUGACUCUGGUGAGAGAUUCCCGUGUGGACACCAUACUCUUCCCAACAGCUUGGAUGAAUGUUUUGCCACAUUUGUCAGCUAUUGAAUUCCACUCAGCUUGGGCGAUGGGCAUGAAAGUCAACUUCCUAGCAUCCAAUCUACAUUACCCCUUGAAGAAAAUGACAGGGAGUGGCAUCUAUGCACCUGAUUCUCCACGAGCAUUUCACUAUGAUAUGAAGACAGAGAAGGGAAAACUCCUUCUUGCACAACUGGACUCCCACCCACAACCCACGCCAGUGGUGAAUUGGACUUCCUAUGCCAGUGGUGUGAAAGCCCACUCAAUGGGAAACCAGGAAUUUACAGGCAUCGUUUUUUUUGAUGAAUUCAGCUUCCUGGAGCUCAAAGGAAUUGGAGGAAAUUACACAGUUUGCCAGAGAGAUCUCUGUUGUCAUCUAGGUUACAAGAUGUCUGAGAAAAGAUCAGAUGAAGUUUAUGCCCUGGGGGCAUUUGAUGGACUACACACUGUCGAAGGGAGCUAUUACUUACAGAUUUGUACUCUGCUCAAGUGUAAAACAACAGACUUACACACUUGUGGUGACUCAGUUGAGACUGCUUCCACCAGGUUUGAAAUGUUCUCUCUCAGUGGCACGUUCGGAACCCAGUAUGUCUUUCCUGAGGUGUUGCUGAGUGAAAUUCAGCUUGCACCCGGAGAAUUUCAGGUAUCAAGUGACGGACGCUUGUUUAGCCUGAAGCCAACAUCUGGACCUGUUCUGACGGUGACUCUCUUUGGAAGGUUAUAUGAGAAGGAUAGUGCGCCAAAUGCUUUAUCAGACCUCACUGCACAAGCGCUAAGGUAAUUGUGAUGCUCACUUGAUACCAACAGCUCAAUCCAAAGACAGAAGCAUGGAAAAGUAAAUAAGGUCCAACGUGAAACAAUGCUGAAUGGGAAGGAGGAAAGAAAAAAGCAGCGGAGGAAAACCAUGAGGAUUCUCCAUAAUCUAAUAAAAAUAUGGCACUUUCUUUAAAAACUAAAAA